GUGAGGCUGUGCAAUGAGCACAUACAAUUUAGCUUUUUACCAUGCUGCAGCGCCUAUGGAACCGGCACAAAGAGCGGGUCUUCAAACAUUGGUGAAGAUCGCGGCUGCUGCCAUGUCAUGUUCCAUGUUCACAUCUUGAGUCUCCUCCACAGCGCGCUUGGAAACUCCUUGACUUCUGCGAUCCCUCCUGGCUUCCCAGGAGCGCGGAUGUUGACUGACGUUCGACGGCGUGCGCUUGCUUACCCUACCGUCUUUGGCCAUACCAGAAAUAGAUUAGGAGCCGGAGCGGAGCCAGGGGUCUGCGGCCCAGCGGCGAGCCAAGGCAAAAACGAGCCAGAGCUAGUAGAGCCUAGAGGCCUCAUGUCCGGCCGCCUUCUCCACAGCUCGUCGUCAGUCGUUGCUCCAUCCCAUGGAAAAGUUAGGUAUCAUCAUAUCAGAGAUUCGAGAACGCGAGGAUCCCAGGGCGAGAGCCGGUUUAUCCCCAUGGCGGAGCUGCGACCGGAUAUUUCACGCUUCGUUUCCUUCAUGCACACAUGCUGAUUGCUGGCAUGCUUUGGCCGCGAAGAGAGUGCUCCCCGUGGCCAACCCAACCAGCCAACCUCCAGCCAACCUCCCUCUUGACGUU